AGCAUCCGGUAUUACACAACAUCUGGUAACAUUUCAUUACCGCUUCACAAAAGCAGUUAAAAUAAUCAUUAACACAUGAAAUCAUACGUUUUAUAUAUGUGACACGUCUACUAGUUAAAUUAUAGUUUGUUUUCUCCAAAAUCAUCAGUUUUUCUAAAGUCACUCUUAUCUAAAAUUAUUUGUUCUACUUAUCUACAAAGUACAAGAGUUUGAGAUGAAAAUUUCGGAUUAUAUUUUAAAAUGAAAAUAAUCUCAUAGCCAGACCAAACGCGUAUAUGAUUUGUAAAUGAAAAACAUCUUACGAGUUGUAAUUUGGAUACGUACUUUAUAACAAAAAUGGAGAAAUGUACUAAAUUUGUCGGACUGCUUAUUCUGUCGAUUUGCUUUCGAUAUGUAACUCUUCUUAGAGCUGAAGACCUGCUUAGAGAGGAAUGCCCACCAGGAAAAUUGAAAUGCAGAGGAUCUGGAGUGUGUAUUCCAGAGGCAUGGAAAUGUGACGGUGACCCGGACUGCGGAGACUCAUCCGAUGAAGAGAAUUGUACCGAGAAGAUAUGCCUUGAAAAUGAAAUCAUAUGCAAUGGGCGCUGUGCGCCUAUGAGAUGGAGGUGUGAUGGGGAAAUGGAUUGCCUUAGUGGAGAUGAUGAAGCAAAUUGCACUGAAUAUCUGCGAAGAAAGGAAUGUCAAGAAGGACAAUGGAAAUGUAGUGACACUGGACAAUGUAUUUCAGAGACCUGGAAAUGUGACGGUACUGCAGACUGUGGAGAUUCGUCCGAUGAAGAGAACUGCGGUCCACUAACAUGCGCAGAGAAUGAAUUCACGUGUAAUAGAAGUUGUGUGGACAUCAGAUGGAGGUGCGAUGGAGAAAAUGACUGCCCUAGCGGAGAAGAUGAAGUCAACUGCAAAACAACUUGUUUAUCCACUCAAUUUCAAUGCAAAGACACGUCCAGUUGUAUUGACAUCAAAUGGGUAUGUGAUGGAGAUGCUGACUGUCAAGAUUCCAGUGACGAAGGACAAAAUUGUUCUGAGCGCAACAGUCCACAAAGACCUGUUUGCUUUCCAACUGAGUUUGAAUGCAGAACGUCAGGACAUUGUAUUCAUACCAGCUGGCUAUGUGACGGAGAUAUAGACUGCGCUGAUGGGUCUGACGAAUCUGAUGAUUGUCAAAGUACAUGUUGGAGUCACACCUGUCCCAAUAAUACUCACUGUGACAUCAAAGAAUUUGCAAAUCGAACUAUGGUGGUCCAUUGUAUAUGUAACAAAGGUUUUAUAUUGGUCGAGGAAGGUCAUGGGAAACCCGAGCAGUGUAAAGAUAUCGAUGAAUGCGAGGAUAAGCAUGCCUGCUCCCAAAUUUGUAUCAAUACAAUUGGAAGCUAUAAGUGUGAUUGUUAUGAGGGAUAUAUCUUUAUGCAAGAUCCCGAGAUGAUCGUUUACUGUCUGGAUGAUAGUAAAUCGGCAAAUACGACCUUUUCUUCCGCCACGCAAACAACUUACAAAACUGAAAAACCCAUCUCGGGGAUGACAAGUCCUAAUAGUUUAGUAACAGAGGAUACGAAUAUGCAAUAUCCAGAAAGUACUAUGGGAGAUUCUGCUUCAACAGAAACAACAAGUGGUCCUACAGAUGAGGAUGUUAUGCACAGCUCAGUAGAAACGGAUGCUGGCGAAAAACCAAUCCCAGGCGCUACAGGAGGGGAAAGUGAUGUUACAGUUUCUGCAGAAAAUACCAAUAAAGCGACUAGUCUACUGCAAAUAAACUGUUUAUAUUACAUUUAUUUUGCUUUCCAUUUGCUUAUUUUACAGUAACUUCUUUAGUAACGUAACGUGUAUUUGUUUUUAUAUGGAAGUUAAUAUGCAUUGUUUGCUGCAAAGCCACAUUUGAAUCCCAAAAUCUGUAUAGGAUAUCUGAAAGAAUUGAAACAUUUACUGCUCUGUUUUCAUCCAUCUAUUUAAAUGUGUGUUAUGUUCAAAUAAUUGAAAUACUAUAAUUCGUGAGCAAUUCCUGUUUUAAGAGUGGUGUUCAUAUAAAAUGUAGAAAAAUAUAUGGAAUAGACAUGACAUAAUGUUAUUAAAACUACGUGUAAAACAUUCGUGAAAAAUGAAGUUAUACUUGUUGUGCUUCCAGCAAUAGGCUUUGAAAGCGAACUGCAUGGAUUCUGACAAGUCUGCGCGAAUGCGCAGGCUGAUAUGGAUCCAUGCUGGUCGAAAAUGCACUAUGUUGUUUUUUUCAUGGCGCGGCUCAUAUAUGAAACUAAAAAUGAUAAAGUUGGUGAAAAUAGAAGUUAGAUAUAGUUUGUAAAAAUGUAAGAAGAAUGUAAAUUUUCUGCAUCAUUUUAAAAGCGUUUACUACCUUCUGCACAAUAGUUUUAGCAAUUUGUAAGGAUAUCUCGCAAAAUUCUUAUGUAAAUAAGUUUGUAAUACUAGUCACUUUAAGAGUAGUACUCACUUUUUAUGGAUUCUUGACAUAAGUUAUUUUUCGCCUAAAAUGUGUUGGUUAGUCCUUCGAAUAUUUCAUUCAGUGUCUCAACUAAAAGUUAAAUAAUUUGAUAAGAUGAUUGUUUGUGAAAUUUUUGCACAACACCUUACGCAAGUUUAGGUUGGGUGCGCACCAUAAACCGGUUUAAGCUCCCCAAUGGUGUUUUUGUCACUGACCGUUCCAAGGCGGUGCCCCACUGUGUUCCUUUGUUUGUUCGUUUUGUCCUCUUGUGUAGGCUUUGUGUGUGCGCGCGUGUAUGUGUGUGUGUUCCUUUGUUUGUUCGUUUUGUCCUCGUGUGUUGGCUUUGUGUGUGUGCACGUGUAUGUGUAUGUGUGUGUGUUUGUGGUGUGCACGUCUGCGUGCUGUAGGUUUCGUUUUGGGGAGGCUGCGAUCUCCGAUGAACAUUCUCAAUCUGACCUAUCUGCUGUAGUUUUGCUUGGUUGCAUUCUACUUUUCCAAAUGAUCUUUUAGAUUUUGUAAACUAUCACAAAUACAAUCAAUUUUUCAGUGCCUUGUGACGGCCAUAAACAGUCUCGCCAUACAUGAAUUCAGUGUUGUCAUAAGUUCUGGACCUUUGGGAUCUGCUUUAGCCAGGUGCUGGGAGUGUGAGAGAAUGUGUACACUUCAUUAUAAGAAUCAAGUAAACCGAGCCUGCUAUUAUGUUGUCAUAUAAUGCGUUUAAAAAGACAGAUAAUAGCUGGUUUAAGUCACACCAACACCUGAACAAUAAUGAUCAAAUGGAAAUUUUCGAGUGUACAUGUUGGCUAAAGACACCAUAUGCAAUCCUGGCAUUCAUUCUAUUACGACGGAUCAUUGGUAAGCACAGCGGCAAGAUACUUGAAUUGAUCUUGGCCACUUGUAAACUGUUACGCAGUAGCAUGAAGUUGAUCUCAAUCCGGCUGCUGAGGAUUGGAAUGGAGACUGAACCUGGCCGAUGUUCGAACUGUAGUUAAACAUUCCUGUAACGAAACUAAGACACUCUACUUCGUAACGUAGCCAGAGUUUAAAACCGUUAUUUAGUUCAUUUAGUAACAUGUUGCAAGUGAAUAAUAAUAUUAUUCUAGUGUAUCUCACUAUAUUGUCAAACUAGCAAAAUACUCAGUCUGUUUGUAAAAAUAUAAGAACAAAACAAUACAGAUAACAUACCGAUAUCUUUUUACGGUGUAUGUAUGCGACGAAGACUUGAUAAAAACUUAUUACUAGUUACACAGAGUGUUUAAAAAAAAGAAAGACAUUUUGUGUUGUAACCUUAUAGAUAAUUUUGAAGCGGAUUUAUAUUUUUAUUAAUAAAAUCUGUAAUAAAAUGACAGAAAUGAAAAAAAUCACUCACCGACCUCGCUCGUUUUGUAAACAUUAGCGUAGUACCUGCGGUACCCACUGGCACCAGAACAGAAAGAAAAUGCCUCUGUACAUGUUAUACCUUACCCCUAGGUAUUCUAUAAGAACCAUGGUCAUAAACGGGAAAAUAUACUAACCCGUUUCAAUCGUAAAUUUCUCAACUUAAACGCACAGUUCGGUGAAUGGUUACCUAGUAUAACGAACAAGCGAUAAUUUAUCUUCCAUCGUGCACCAGUCACAUUGUCUCAAUAUUUCAUAUUGCUGAGAUUAUCAACAUAGUUUAUGCUUUCGUCAACGUUACAGAAAAAAACUUGCUUGACCUUCCCUAAUGAACAUCCGGUUUAGAGGUCACGGCAGUAUGCACAUUUUUGGCGAAAUGUAAACAAACAAAAACAGAAUUUAAAAAAAUCACAUUUUUACAAUAAACUCGAAAUGAUGAAUGAAAUUCAUCUUGUAUAUGAUCUUUAAUUUGAACUAGUACAUUGGUCUGCAUCUGUUCUGUUUAUUUUAUUCAUGUUGCACAUUUAUGCUGCAUUUUCACAUUUUAGCGAACACUUGUAGUGAAAUGACGAUUGACAUACAUUUUCACAUUAACCAAUCAGAAUGGUUUUGUAAUCUAGAACGGAACUUCACCAGGGAAGUUCAGGCAAGUUUUUUGUGUAACGUUGAAAUAACUAUUAACUCCGCGUUGUUUUUCUAAGAUAAGAUGUAUUGGAGAAAUGUGACCGGUACACAAUGGAAGAUAAAUUACCACUUGUUUGAUAUCCAUAGUACACAUUUACGGAACUGCGUCUUUCGGUGACGCCGUCUAAAUUCGUUUUCGUUACCUAUGCCACGUGACUUCAGUUUGCAAAUCAAACUACUUGAUAACGCAUUAUAGGUAAUUUAUCAAAAUGGAAGAUUUAUGCAACACUCUGCCUGAUUGGACGAGAGUGUCAAUUUCUCUCACUCUGUUGAUUGUGCUACGAUGAGUGAAUGUAGACAAAGCGUUUGUCCUAAACGACGCUGUUCACAGUUUUAAAGCUAACUUUGGCUCAGUAUAUUUAGCAAGACUAUUGAUAUAUCUCAAAAUGAUAAGUAAGUUUAAUAAAUAUGAUAAAAACCUGUUCAAUACCAACAUAUAUCAAAUUAAAGAGAGAGCUGAAUACGGUCUGCGUAUCACAUGAAUAAGGGUGUGAUAAGAGUCUUUUAUGUAGAGAAGUGCUUUUUAAAAGAUUUUCCUUGUUACAAUUGUCGUCUGUAUAUGAAAAGGUUUCUUGCUUUUGUGACAUAUUCAGGUUGCAUAUUAAAAUGACUACUUGUUUGCUUUGAUAUAUUUGUUAUAAAUUAUUUAACUGAUUUAUUAUAUAUGAAUAUUUUUCUUUAGUAUGGUAUGCAAAUAUUGAACUCAGUUGAAAUCUGUUUUAUUAUAUAUAUGCUAUAUAAUGACUGAAUCUCGUUACCCUGAAAUGAAGGUACACUGCAUACAGUUUAUCAAUGUGAUAUGACUAUGAAACAGAAAUAUUUACAAAUGUAUGUUUCGCUUGCCCUUCACUUUUUUAUAGGUGUGACGUUAUUGUCCAAAGAUUCAUGAAUAGCGAAUAUGCUCUUUGUUAUAGCGGGAUCAGUUGGCCUAUUUUAGAAAUAAAUAAAAAUAAUAAAUAAAAAAAUCCUUUAAUUGAUUUUUUCUCAUGUAUUCUAAUCAAACUUGAUUUGUAGCAUCUUUAUUAGGCCCGCAGCCAACUUUUUUCAGCUGGGACAUUUGAACCCUUUUAGGGGCUGCUAGAUCUAAAACUAGAAUUGCCUUUAUACAGCGUCUCAUGAACAGCCUGGUGGAUCUUUGUCAUACUUGGUCUGGAGCAUCAUUAUAAGGUCCUCUUCCAAAUUUAUUUAUAUAGGAACUUGGGCCCUUUUAGUGACCACUAUAGCUAAAAGUAGAUAUGCCUGUCUCUGUCUUCGCAUUAACCACUAAAAUGUAAUUGUUUUUUUUAUCAAACUCGAUGUGUAACAAUAUCAUAAGGUCUCCUGCUUUUUUGUUACAAAUGGGGAUAGGGACCAAUUUAGCUAAAAAUAUAAACACGUUUAAUGACCUCUUCUCAUGAACCGCUUCAUGAAUCUUCAUCAAACUACUGCUGUAAUUAUUCGUCUAAGGAUAAACGAAACAAAAUUGCAACCCUACGAAACCGUUGCGAAAAAUUAAAAGAGAACCAUUUAAAUUGUUAAAGUGCGGUGUUUAGUUUUGCAAUUAAAUUUUGAAAACUGUUAGAUGAAAGAUGAAUGUUAGAUGAAAAAUUCAUAAACUUCUUUCCUUAUUACAAUAGACAGUUGGCGAAAGCUGUCGCGAAGUACGCGAACUUAUUAUAAAUUUGAACUGUUGCAAAGUAUGCAAUAUUAUUCAUUUAUAUGUAUCCGCCGGCAUGGCGGAUGUGUGUUAAUUUAAUGAUUAUGUUUACCGGCGGAUCAGCGUCGGCGGACUUUUGUUCAUGUUUUUCACGCUUUUCAUGUGAAUUGCAUUGUUUGAAAUUACUAUAAAUAGGUGUAUUAUAUUAAAAGAAAAAGGUUAUUUUUCAGUUUGGGAUUUAUAGAAGUAAAAAGGUGUUUAAGAAAAUAAAAUAUGAUUUAAAUGA